UCCCUCCUGCAUCCCUCCCUCCUGCAUCCCUCCUCCUUCCAUCCCUUCGUCCUGUAUCCUCCCUCCUGCAUCCUUCCUGCAUCCCUCCUCCUGCAUCCCUCCCUCCACCCCUCCCUCCUUCCCUCCCUCUGCCUGCGCACAGCCGCGGACAUGGCGCUCAGCAAUUUCCUCUUCGCUCAGUGCAUCUGCUAUUUCCUGGCCUUUCUCUUCAGCUUCAUCGUGGUGGUGCCGCUCUCCGAGAAUGGCAACGACUUCCACGGCCGGUGCCUGCUCUUCACCGAGGGCAUGUGGCUGAACGCCAACCUGACCGUGGAGCGGCAGCGCUUCACGGUGCAGGAGUGGGGCCCUGAGGCUGCCUGCCGCUUUAGCAUCUUCACCGGGCUCCUCUCCCUGCUACUGGCCACAGUGCAGGCCUGGAGGACCCUCUUCUUCCUCUGCAAAGGGCACGAGGACUCUUUCUUUUACGCCUUCCUGAAUCUGCUGAUCAGCGCCUUUGUGGUGUUCAUCACAUUUAUUGCCAGCACUAUAGUGAGUGUAGGAUUUAACAUGUGGUGUGAUGCAAUUACUGAAAAAGGAAGCAUGCCAAAUAGCUGUGAAGAAUUGCAGGAUAUAGAUCUUGAGCUGAACUUGGAAAACUCUGCUUUCUAUGACCAAUUUGCUAUUGCGCAGUUUGGUCUGUGGGCUGCCUGGCUGACUUGGCUGGCAAUUACCAUCCUGGCUUUCCUGAAGGUUUAUCACAACUACAGACAGGAGGACCUGCUAGAUAGCCUGAUCCAUGAGAAGGAGCUGUUGCUAGGAAGAUCCCCUUCACGAUCCUCUUUGCAAGAUGACAAAAGUGGCAUGAUCUAAAGUGUAAGGAAAUUUCCAGGGCAGGAUCUAGAUUUUAUUAUUCAGUAGUGUGAGCUGAAGUUGAGUCAGGGUAUUGAGUGUGUGAGAUCUUUUCCUGAAAUGAAAUAUAAUUGUGAAUCACUCACUUCCCCCAUGAGAAAUUGUUGGCAGAAAUACUGAUAUUAGGAUAAAGAGAAUGAACUACCCUAUGUGCCUGUGGCAUAGCAAACUUUCUGUCCUGUGCAGGCAAAAUUUGUAACCUGCCCUUGUCACCAGGGCUCCCAGGUGCCAUUGCUGGCUUUUGGGACAAGAGCCAUUUUUGAGGACUGAGCUGGCAAGACCAGGCUACAGAGUCCAGGCUAUUUCUUCAAACUAUUCUCCAACAACAGUUGUAACUGGAGCUGCGUUCAGUCCCUUCCCUGUCCCUCUCUUCCCUUUUUCCAGUGAAGCUGCCCCUGUUCUCUCUGCAGCUCUGGUUUGGGUGCAGGCUCUUGCUGUCUCUGCUUUUGCUGUGUAUAGAUGCAGUGCUGACAAACAAGUUGCUCCUGCUCUGAUUUUAUUUAAAACAUGGAGACCUGUAUUUCAGACUUGAUAUUUAAUAUUGGACAAUGUUUAUGAAUUCCAUGAAGCCCACAUAUUAUCACAGCACCUGUCAAAAGCUGUGUAUAAUAUGGAAAGAUGAUUGAGAACUUUUGUGGUUUUGUUUCUUCUUAGAUUUUGGCAUGACCAGCAUUUAUUAUGAAUUCUGAAGUAAAGUGUAGCUAGAAAUUGCUGAAGCUUGCACACUAAGAAAUUAAGCUGAAUAGAUAGUAUUAAUGCUUGUGCAUUUAUAAAUGUAACUUGGUGCCUAACAUUGUAUACUAUUCUGUUUUGAAUAUUAAUUUAUUUGUGAUAUUUAUUUCAUAUAGGAUAUUCAAAAUUAUUGUAAGCAUUUGCAUUGUAGGCUUCUAUAUAUAAACAUAGCAAGGAGCUCAAACAGCUGAGCUAUUUUAUAGGUAGUUUAGUGCUGAAUGGAUCCAUUCUCCCCACUCAUGGGCAGGAGUUCCAGGACAGGUGAAUUUUGCUGUGAAAAGGAAGAAGAAUUUCUAUUUACACAAAGCUCACUGGUGACUGUGCUGUUGCUUUCAGUUUUGCUUGGCCAGUGCUUAACAAAUCAGGUGAAUUGUUGAGAUCAGAGGCAGCUCUGAAAAUUAGGAAGAGUCACUCAGAGGAGUGUGGGAUUUGCAUGGCAGAGAACUAAGUUGUACUAGAAUUAAGCGUUUAUCCCCAGGUACACAUUACACAGAAGAGCCCAAAUCAGCAGAAAACUUAGGCAAACAACUAAGUUUGGGUCAAAGACUUUUUUGGGAGUACCACACCUUGCCUGUGGUACCUGUGUUUGAGUUGAGACUGAAUUUAUUGUGACAGAAUUUCAAGCCACACACGAUUAUAUGACCUGGUAAAUCAGAAUGAGGGGAGAGAAGACAGCAGGCUUCUACCACAUCAGAGCUCAAGCCUGGGGUUAGCACAACCAUGCAGAUUUACUGUUGUCUUCUAGGGACUCUGUGAUGCUUAGUUAAGUACCAGCUUAAGCAUUUCAUUGAAACAGAAUUUGAUGACAAAUCCCUCAAUUAUUAAGCAUUUUAGAGCAAAAAAUCUGACAGUGUAUUUAACUGCCAAAAUGUUCUCAUAGGUUUAGAGAAAAAACCCUCCAUGGGCCCUAAGCAGUGAACCAGCCCUGUGAACAUUGCUUCUAACCCCAGCUGGCCACAGCUUUCUGUAGAGAGGUCUUGUUCUUCAGCAUGAUUUCUGCCCACAAGAGAAUGUAAUUCCUUUGAAAGCUUUGCAGUGGUGACUUUUUUUGUGGUUGGGAGUUGACAUCAGAGCAGUACUCCUGGAGAGGGAAUCAGAGAUCAAGUUAAUUAAUUCCAAUGUAAAAUUCAGAUAUCAGGACUGUCAGAGUGACUCUUUAAAAAUUUCAUUUGGUCUAAUAGUUUGGAUAUUAAGAAAAAUCUCUUCAUUGAAAGGGUUGUCAAGCACUGGAACAGGCUGCCCAGGGAAAUGGUGGAGUUACCAUCCCUGGGCAUAUUUAACUGAGGGACAUGGUUAAGUGGUAGCCUUUGCAGUGCCAGAUUAAAGGCUUGUCUGGAUGAUCCUAAAGGUCUCUUUCAACCUAAAUUACUCUAUCUCUAAUAGGUGAUACACUCUUGCAAGUACCUGAGUCCAUUGCCAGGGAAUGACCUUCUUCAUAUGCUGAAGAAGAGCUUGGGUCUCGUUUCCCCAGCUGUGAAAGGCAGUCUCACUUUCACUCAGCAGUGAUGUCUCUUCCCACAAAUUACUUCAGUGCAUGCCUUACUCCUUGUGUGGAGCCAUGCUGCUGCUUUGUAUAAUACAUUUUAUGUGUAUGCCAAAUCAGGCUUAGGCUGAAGUAACCUGUGGGUUGGAACCACUGUUCCUGGUGUUGCCUGAGGGUUUGAAGAGCCAUGAGGCAGAUAGUAACAAGCAUCUUCUUGUGGUUCUGGCUCUGAGGUACCAGGGCCCAAGCCUUGUCUCUGGUUCUGAAAGAGAGGAUGCUGCUUACAUCUGGAGCUCAUGCUCUCUUCUACCUCUCCUGUCUCAAGGUCUUUUUCUUCCUUUCCACUUCCAUGAGAAGCAGCAAACACUGGUCCUGGAUUUGGAGUUGCCAUGCAAAAUAAAAAGAGGCUGAAGCUCUUCAUGAGUUCCAUGUUAAUCUCAGUCUGUUUUUCAUGGCUUCCCUGCCUUGACCAGGUGGGGUGAGGCUGGUACCCCCUUGCAAGCAUCAGUGAUGCUUAAAAGCAGAGCUGUUUUUGAUGGAAGCCGUUUAUGAGUCAGAAGGCAGACAAUGUAUGAGAAGCUCUCUGGCUGACACAAGGGGAGGAAGGAUGUCCUGUAACUCCCAGUUAUUGGAUGUCACAGCUAAGGCAAGACAGAUAGGGCUGGAAACACCAUCAGCUCUCUCACUGGCAUUCUUUACCAGGCUUCACUCUACAUAUUUUCACCUUCAGCCCUUAUUCUCAUACAACUCUGAACUCAACUCAUUUUCUUCUAUAGACCUUUUUCUUAUAAAAGACGUCUCUUUUUCUCAUAAGCCUCUCUGUUAGUUCUGUACAACUCUGUCUCCUUAUCUCAUAGACCUCUCUGUUAAUUGACUCCAUUCUCUAAUCAGCACCAUAUACUGAUUCCUUUUCUUAUGGACAGUUUCACAUAUCUUUGCUUCCUUCUAUCAUUCUGCAUGACUGGCUACCCCAAGCUAUCCCUGUCCCAGCCACCUAGCCCUAGACCAUCCCUCAUACUACAUUAUCUUACCUUAUCUGGCCCUUACACAACCACAUAGCUCCUCACAGCACAGCCAGCAACCUUCUGAUCUCUAUGUUUCCAACUUCAAGUGCUUAUGUAUCUGACAGAAAACUGACCUAUUCCUUAAUAUCCUCGAGACUGAUCGGCCAGGCACAGAUGUUACUUCUUUGGCAAUCAGUACAGCUGCAAGUUAUUGGGGAAGAUACCCUCCUGCACUACCCUGGCUCUCCACAAUUGGACACGCUUGGUGUUUUUUAUUUGCACUAAGUUUUCCACAACCUCCUCACCUAAAGCUUGGGCACUUAGGGCUGAAAACGUGUAAGAAUUGUGUUAUAAUUUUGCACACAUACAGACCUACCUAUGGUCUCUCUCAUGCACUUUUCUCUUUUGUACAUUUCUGAUGCUUGCUUUUAGUCAUCCGUUGCCAACCAGCACAUUGUGGGGCUGAGUCAAAUGUUGCAUUUCUGUGACAUUUCAAUACCUUCAAUUUGCCAUGUCCAAAGGCAGGCCUCUGGGAACACUCUAACAAGAGUUGUAUUCAAGGAACUGGAAAACUGUGUGGUACUUCUACUUUUAUUUAUUUAUUUAUUUAUUGUCACAUGGUAGAAGAGGAAAAAGCUUUGUGGGCUUUCCAAGGCACUGGGCUGUUGCCACACUAUGAUUCUGUUGUUCCAAUCUGAGGUUAAAUUCCCCACCAAUUCCCUGCCAGCAGUUCUCAUUGGGUUAGAAGAAUCUAAGCUAACAACUGUCAUCUGAGCUUUUUAGAUCAAUGCUGUUUAUUACUAUUUUUUAUAAUGGAGAAACAGCUGCAGCCAUCUUUUGGAACAGAGCUUCCUCAUGAGUGCAUUAUGCUCAAAACAUUCCACUAACUUUUGAGGCAUCUUUCAUCUGUGAAAUUCCAGUGAGAAUCACAAAAAUAAGAGCAUGAUGAUUUACUUUAUAAACUGAAGGACACAUUCGUGCUAUAGCAGUGAUUCUAUGGUCCCUUAAAAAAGGAAGUGUUAAAAUGCCCAGUGAUGGAUGAUUGAGUGUACCUUGUCAUGAAAGCAUCCUCUGUGUGUGUACAAUGCACACAGAUAAAUGCCAGAAAUAGUUCCUUGCUCUUCUGUGAUGGGAUAAAGGCUCUUCUCUUAACAGGUAACUUCAGCUGGAGGAGUCGCUGAAUGCCUUAAAUUUUUACACUUGCUUUUACUCAGUACUGGGACUUGUGCAACGACAAUGAUGAUGAUACCCAGAGGUGGAAGUGAUGUGGGCAGAGUAGGAAAGCAUUGCCAAUGCAUAACCUCCCACAGGCUGAGGUGAUUUUCUAAUGCAGGUUUGCAGGUGUUUUAAUUCCUCCCCUUUAUCUAAGUAAUGUCCUGCUGCUAGCCUAAAUUAGUCCAGUUAGGAGCAGUCAGAUUUCCCUUCAAGGCCUUCACUCCCCAGUAUGGAACACUGCUGAUUUAACCUAUGUGGUGUUUAGGAUGGAAGCAGAGCUGCAAGGAAGAGAAGCUCACACUUUACAGUCAUGUUUGGUGUAUGUGGGUUUUGUCAUCUUCCUUUUACAAAGCCUUCCCAAACAUUCUGCAUGUAAAAUCACUUUUACCAUUUAAAUUUUAAUUUAAAAAAAAAUCCAGACAGUAAUUUACACUGGAAAGACUGGCAGUGAAAAACCAGUCUGGAUUGUGACAAAACUUUUCUUUUUUCUCUAUCAAUGGCCCGAUUAUCCUUGAGCGAAUGAGCAUCCUGGCUGUAUCCAGAUCCUAAAUCUGUGCUUCAGACCAUUUCCUUUGCUGGUGGAAAAAGCCAUUUUUAUCUCUUGGAAUGUUUGCUUUGGAGGCCACAAAUAUCCUUUCCUUCUGGUUGGGCAAUCUGGGAAGAGGAAUGGUUUACCUGCAGUGAAAAAAUGCUCAUGUAACUUCAUAAGCACAGAAAUUGUUUUAAAACUAUUUCUGUUCAUGGCACUAGUGCCUUGAAGUACAUGUUUCUAUUUUUGUCCUCCAUAAGAAGGAGCAGAACUAGCCUGAGUUGUGUUUAACACUCAUGUAUAUGCACCUAAAUGUUAUUUUAGUGGAUUCCUUUUUUAAAUACAAAAUUCAACUCAGUAAUUUAUGAAGUUAAGAACUGCAUAGAUGACAACACAUUGAUGCUCUCCUGACAUAGAAGGGAGCUGCAUUCUCUUAGAAAAAUUAACAUUUGUUUCUGAGAGGUUAGAACAGAAUUUACUUAAGAUAUGGCAAGUACUGCGUAUUUCAGUGCAGACAUUUAAUGAAUAGUGUCUUUCCAUGCUGUUGUUGGGAAGAGUAUUAACAAAGCCAUGCUUUCUCUUUAGUUUUUUUGUCCAUGCCAAAGAGUGUAAUUGAACUGCUAUUGCAAACGUAGAUUAAUGUGAAUGUAUUCACCCGAGUGCUUAAAGACCUCUACCUCUCUUAGCUGCUAUAACUGCUUGAACUGUUAUUGCACACAGUAGAGAAAAAAACCUGAUUCCAUGUGAGAGUCUAAAUCCUAUUUCCAUAGACAGCUAAAGGAUUUAGGAUUUAAUGCUUAUUAGCUUCCUGUAAAAUCCUCAUUGCUAAAAAACGGCUUAAGUACCCGAGAAGUGCUGUGUGAAUAGCACUUUGCAUUGCUCAAAUAAUGAUAUAAUUUUGGUUUGGGAUUUUUAAAUUUAUUUUUUUCUCACCAAAAUAAAAAGCCAACAACAGCAAUUUGUUAGACAUGAAAGGUUAUCCUUGACCUCCCUCGAAUCCUCCUCCUGGAGCUCUUCCACUUGGCUUGAAAUUCCUAAAUAACAAUGAUUUAGAGUUGUGGCUCUGGUGUUUGUCAAGGAGAUAAACUACUUGGAAGCAAGAGUUGCUCACUGAAAUAGCUGGAAUUAUUUGUAUAAUGUUGGGAACAUGAGAAGGUUUUGUUCCCCACUCGACUGUGUUGUAAAUGAAGGUUGAGACAACCUGCCAGGAGAUGAGAAUGAUUUGUAAGUACAGUUGGUAUCUUGGAUGAUUUCUCACACAAGUGAGUAAACUGCCCUGAGACUAAAGUACUCUUCAUCUCCUCCUUGCUUUCCUCGUUUCCCCCAAGAUUUGGGCAAAUUUGACUUCACUGUGGAUACAGACUCCGAAGUGUAUUUAUGAAUGUGAAAAAAAUUGCAGUCUCUAUGACAAACUUUGUCAAAAAAUAAGAAAAGCAAACAUGGACUUUCCCUGUUCUCAUUCAGCCUCUCUGGAUCAUGACACUGAACCCUUCCCUUUACAUAAGCCAGGCCUGAUUUGGGUGAUGUGUUGCUCUGGGAGGUUUCCAAGGCUGGUGCCAGCAGUCUCUCCAGGAACCUGGUGGAGUUAGACAAGUGCUAUGUUAAACCAUAAAAAACUGUUUGAAAAACUCUUUGUUAAACCAUAAAAAACCGUUUGUCAUGGUAUCCCACAUUACACAGUCCAGAGCUCUUCACCCCAUCUCUCCUGCAGCAGAGAGAAUUAUUUUUUCCAAUUUACAUUGUGAAGUCCAACAGUUUGUGUGUGAAACACAGCACAUCUUCCUGGAACACACAGGAUUUGGAUUGCACCAGUUAAUCCACUCCACUUUCCAGGCUGUUGGAAACACUUUUAACCAUGGUUGUUGUAACAGGGUCCAGCAUUUGACUUCAUAAGCUGCUGGCAGCCUCCUUAUUAGACCACAUUCCCUGAGAGCAGCAGGCAGCCCCUCUGCUCAGAGGUGCUGAGAAGCUCUGAACUGAACAGAAUCCUUCCAGGGGGGACCACUCUGCUGGGGAGCACAGCCAGGGCACACUGAUGGUAUCAGAGCAAUUCUGGUCAAACACAUUCUAAUUAAAACAGCCCAAGUUACACAACUGAGAACUCAAUACAUUGUGAUCUGAAGUACACUCCAGAGAGGUUUUUGAAGGUUUAUAAACAAAACAAAACAAAAUAACAAAACUCCCCAACAGUUUCACUGAAGUUUCCUCCCUCUGCAUCCUUUAAUCUUCAAAAACAUUCCUGCAAACUUCAGAGAGGAUUUCAUUGCUGUCAAGCUGAUUUAGUCUUAUUUCUCACAUCUCUUCCUAAAAGACAAGGAUAGCUGAGGUGUGCAGGACAGUGGCAUCAAUCUGAACAGAAAUAAUUAAUGAGGAGUUAGUGCAUUUCCUGCGAGAGAUUUCAGCUUUUGGGCUGUGAUAUGAGGGAGAGGCAUUGACACCAAUUCCAGCCUUUGCUUGGCCUGCUCAGCCCCUACCUGCUUGUGUGGGCUCACAAACUGCAGAGCAUCCCCUUGAAGCAUGGGCUGACCUAAAGUCAGCAUCUGCAGAGAGCCAGCUGUGCCAGCUGUGCAGGUGUCUGGUGUCAGGGUGCUGACAUUGCCACCAGAUUUGGAGGAGAGCAGAUCCAGAUUUCCUACUCUGGCUCUUUGUGCAGUGCAGCUUGUGAGUUGCAUGGGGAAGGAAAUACUUCCCCAAUCUCUGUAGACUCAGCAUUUGUGAGUGUAGCUCAUCACCACCCAUAGUUUUAAAAGGUUUAGUGGUUUUGUGUGGUACCACCUGCAAAGAUCUGAAGCAAAUCUUUCUUGCUUGUCAGUGCAGAGCCUGAAAGCAUUUCAGCCUGUCUGAAAUAUGUGCCCUCUGAUAUAUGUAUUCAUGAGCUACUUCCUCUUAUACUGUCUCUUUUGUCUGUGGGAAAAGCUUUAUAAGAGAUUAUUUUUUUUAUUUUAUUUAUUUUUUUGUGCUGCUAAAGAGGUUCCUGCAAUGGAUAUUUGGGGAGAAAUCUUUUUCAUAAUUUGUGAAAGCAGUUGAGGAGCAGAUCCCUCACCAGUGUACAUAGAUUAUCCUGUGAGCAGCCACACCAGUCCACACGAGCUGAGGGUAGAGCCUGGCCUGUUUUGGAUAUUAUCUCUGUUGAUUUGUAUGGUCUUUUGCAGUGUAAUUACUGCUGAUUUUGAGCUUUAAUUGCAUGUGUUUGACAAAACCCGAAAGGGAGUGAGGUUCACUAUUGUUUUGAUACAGUCUAAAAAGGGAAGCUUUUUACUAGCAUUUUAAUACAGCCCUUUGUAAACACCCAGCAAAGAAAAAUGCUGAGUCCAAUCCUUCUGCUAGUGGAGUCACUGGGUUUCCUCUGGCUUUAGUAGGAGCUGGACUGGGUUCAGUGUACGUGGUACACUCCAGCAUUACUGAUAACGAGUUGAUGUGUUUUAUAUAUGGAUGCUUUUUGCUGAACAGUGCAUCAGCUUUCUAUGAUUUGGUGAAAUAUAAAAAUAAAUGAUUUGAAAAGUCAA